UCAAGCUCCAUCACAAACACAUCCUUUGCCCGUCUCCCCCCACAGCUAGCUAUUUGAAACCUUGUGAUAUUCCCAACAUCAUGGCUUCAAAGUUCAGCCUCUUCACCAUGAACAUUCUCAUUGUUUUCAUGGUGUUGAGCCUCAACAACAUGAGCCAUGCAGCUCGCCAUCUUUUGGACACUGCGCCAGAGGCUUCUCCUGCUACCCCAGCCAUCCCAACCAUGCCCAAGCCCACAUUGCCCCCAAUGCCGGCCGUGCCGACUAUCCCGAAGGUGACAAUGCCUCCGAUGCCGGCGAUACCGACUAUUCCAAAGGGUACGAUGCCUCCGAUGCCGGCGAUACCGGCCAUUCCAAAGGUUGCAGUGCCACCAAUGCCCGUGGUGCCUACUGUGCCAAAAGUCACAAUACCACCCUUGCCUACCAUGCCUGCUGUCCCUAAGGUCGCUCUGCCUCCUAUGCCUUCCAUCCCAACUAUCCCUAGUAUUCCCUUUCUCACACCGCCUCCAGCAGAGCACUAGUCAUGGUGGGCAUGAGGAUCAGAUGGCCAUCCAGUUUGACGUAUUGUAUGUCAGAUUGUCUCAGAGUAGAAUUAGAAUGAGGUAGAGGUUAUUUUAUAUAGGGUAAUAGAACGGGACUCUGGGGGCAUUGUGCCGUUGUGGUGAUGUUUGUUUCGUGGGUUUGCCGAGUGAUUUCAUGUACCUCCUUGUAUGUUUGAGUUUAUGUUAUCCUGUUAUUCACAAA